CAACAUUCACAACCCUGAAACUCUCUUUUCCCUCUCUCCCUUGCUGGGCUCCGCCGCCUCGUUCAUUCUAUUCCGCCACCGCGAGUUAGGUGGUUGCUUUAAUUGAACAAUUUAUGUGAUAUUCACAAACCCUUAGCUGUUUCUGCUGCGUGGAACCCCAGACUGCGGUUGUGGCACCAAAUCCAUUAUCACCCAUUGGAUUUUCUUAGCCCUGUAUUAUAUUUAAGGAGAAAAGGGACUGUUUGUUCUACUAUUAUUAUUUUAUCAUUUCCCCCCAUUUAAAAAAAAACAACAUUGUUCUGGGAUUUUUCUUCCAAUUGCUUAAAGGUUGAAGCUUUUUUCAUCUCAAGACUGAAGUUUGAUUUCUCUCUGCACCAGUUAGCCAUUACCUUCUUUAUGGGGAGUGAUACCACUGAAGUUACUGAUGCACCCCUAUCUCCUCAAUCCAUUAAGGUGCAUCUUCAAAUGUGCACGGAGCUGAUCAAGUUUGUGAAUAGAGCCUCAAAAUUACUUCCGGAAAUAGAAGCUUCUAGGCCCCGUUGCACGUCUGGAUUAGACUCACUAUGCGUAUUCAACAAUGCCAUUGUCAAGGCCACGUCCAUCAUUCGGUGUUGCAGUGAAUCUAGCAAGCUCUAUCUGGCUCUAACAGGGGAUGCUAUUCUCUCAAGAUGUAAGAAGUCAACAAUGUUGUUGGAGCAAAGCUUAAGCCAGAUGCAAUAUAUGGUUCCUGUUAUGCUUGCUGCAGAGAUAUCGGUGUUAGUUGCUGAUCUAAGAGGGGCAAGAUUUAGCUUGGAGCCAUCGGAGGAGGAAGCCGGAAAGCUUCUGAAAGAUUUGCUUCACCAGUAUUCGCACGAAUCGGGCCCCACAAGGGACACCACGUUCACGGCCAUUCAAGUUGCGAUUUUGAUGCUCAACAUAACCACCCCGAAAGCACUCCUCGCAGAAAAAAGAUCCAUCCGGAUGCUUCUUGACAAAGCCAGAGACUCGGAAGAGUCAAAGAAGAAGAUUCUCUUCUUCUUCCUUAACCUCCUCAACAAGCACGCAAAGAGAAUCUUGAAAGAGAAACAUGAUCACGAUGAGUCUGUGCAGAAACCCAAAGGACCCUUUUGCCCUCCCUCGUCCGUGGAGCCUCCUGACGAGUUCAGGUGUCCUAUAUCGUCCAGGUUAAUGUACGACCCGGUUUUGUCCGCUUCUGGAGUGACCUAUGAGAGGAUGUGGAUACAGAGAUGGUUUGACGAAGGCCAUCGCACGUGUCCUAAGACAGGGAGGACCCUGACCCACUUUUUGCUCACCCCCAAUACCCACAUUAAGGAUUUGAUAUCAAAGUGGUGCGCGGAAAGUGGGGUCACAACUUCUGACCCCAAGAGCAUCCCCAAUGCUGUGGGACCUCACACGUGGGAAGUCUCGUCCAUUUCCAUAGCUAGCCUGGGAAGUUCCAUGAAUGAUCUCAGGCUUCCGACCGAUUUUACCAAUUCGUCCAUUGGUUCUUUGGUUUCCCCGAGUCCUAAAAUCCCAAAGAAGAAUACAAAUGUGGUUUCACCGGUUUGUCCUUUGGAUUCUUUGGACGGUCUGGAUUCACUCUCUUGGGAAUCUCAGUGCGGCGUUGUUGAAUGCGUCGCGAGAGUUUUGAAGCGCGACGAAGAUGGGGAUGGUCAAGGGGUUAAGAAGUUGCACCCCGAGAGGUUUGUUCAGUCGUUGGUGAGAUUCUUGAACAGUGCACGCGAGUCGCAGGACAAGAAUGCCCAGAUCUCGGGGUGUCGGUUGAUGUCAUUUUUCCUAAAGAAAUCCAGGAGUGCGGCUGUGUGUUUGGACGACAAGGCAUACGAAUUGUUGGCAUGGUUUCUAACAACCGGAGCCUCUGUGGAAGCUCUCUCCGUCUUCGAAAUCCUCUCCUCCCACACCCAUUGCCAAUCCAAAAUCGCGGCUUCCGGUGCGCUAAACCUCGUCCUCGACAUCCUCAACUCCAAACUCAGAGAUUCAUUGAGACAUUCUUUGACAAUCGUGAAGAACGUGUGUGGCAACGAAGACGUGAGAGUCUCGGUCCCCGAAACCGAGGGUUGCGUUUCUUCGGUCGUGAGGGUGUUGGAGAGCGACGACGUGGAGGACCAAGAACACGCCGUCGCGGUCCUCCUCUCGCUCUGCUCCCGAAGGUCGCGGUACUGCGAGCUCGUCAUGUCGGAGGACGUGAUCCCGGAUUUGUUCUGUAUAUCUGUGAAUGGGAACAAUAGAGGGAAGAAGAUGGCGUCGGAGUUGUUGAGGAUCUUGAGGGACGGGUCCCGCGAUGUCGCGGGAGAGAGUUCCCCGGACGGCAUCGAACGCGGCGGCGGCGGCGGCAAUGACUACAAGGAGAGAGAAUUUCCGUCCAAGAAGACGGGAAUUAUCGGGAAAUUGUUCCUCAAAAUUCGUUUUUCGGGUGCAAAAAGGGAAAAAUAGAGAGGGGAUGAACUUGAACCAUUUCCUCUCUGGAGUCGGGAACCAGACAGGACUUGGGUUCGGGAUUCGGGGCCCGGUUCGGGACUAACUGUUGUCGAAAACUAACAUACACCGUUUUGCCUAAGAUGCGGGGGUUGGGUUAGUACAUAAUACGGAGUAUAUUGUAUUAUUAUGAUUAUGUGAUUAAAUGUUAGUGUUGAAUACUUACAAUGCUAAGUGUUAGUGUGGUGUGGUUCUAAGGUGAUUUUGU